CAAGCGAAAGACGAACUGAAAAUAGACAACCAGAAGUCAGAUGGGAAAGCUGCCAAUCUAGUCUGGCCAGCAGAAUUUCUUUCAGUAGGUCUAGGCUCCCUUGGCAUUGGGAAUCCAGAUGUAAAGAAAACUUAUGCCAUCAACUUCAAGGUAGAUUUCAAUUAUUACUGCCCGGUGGCAGGAACCUAGGAAGGAGAGGUCAAGGUGCGGUUUAGUAAGAGACAGCUCCCGGGAAUGGCACUUGGAAGGGCAGGGCGGAGAACAGCUGGAGAUGAGACAGAGAGGAGAAGGAGAAUGCGCCGACACCUCAAGGUGAGAGUGUAGAAACAGUCUCCGCCGUGGGAGCCGUGCGCUGCUCAGGUGGCUCUUUCCCGCUCAGGUGAGCUCCUCCCGCGCCUCCCAUUGGCCGAGAUGCCCGCGGCGCUGGGAGGGCGACGCAGCGCGGUCUAGUUCAGGGUCUAGGGCGGCGCGUCACUUCCGGUAGCGCGGAGCUUGUAAAACACCCUGGAGAGAAAAUGGCGGCGGCAGCGGCUUCGGCGCCUCAGCAGCUCUCGGAUGAGGAGCUUUUCUCUCAGCUCCGCCGUUACGGCCUGUCUCCCGGACCAGUGACGGAAAGCACCCGCCCGGUCUACCUCAAGAAGCUGAAGAAGCUUCGAGAGGAAGAGCAGCAACAGCACCGGUCGGGGGGCCGCGGCAACAAGACGCGGAACAGUAAUAACAAUAACACGGCAGCCGCCACGGUCGCAGCCGCGGGACCAGCGGCGGCGGCGGCCGCGGGGAUGGUGGUCCGGCCGGUCUCAGGCGACCUCUCCUACUUACGGACUCCUGGGGGCCUGUGCCGAAUCUCGGCCUCCGGCUCGGAGAGCCUCCUGGGAGGGCCCGGGGGCGCCUCCGCCGUCCCCGCGGCUGGCAGCAAAGUGCUGCUGGGCUUCAGCUCGGACGAGUCGGACGUGGAGGCCAGUCCCCGGGACCAGGCCGGCGGCGGCGGGAGGAAAGACCGGGCUUCGCUCCAGUACCGCGGGCUCAAAGCGCCGCCGGCGCCCCUGGCCGCCAGCGAGGUGACUAACAGCAACUCUGCCGAGCGAAGGAAGCCCCACUCGUGGUGGGGGGCCAGGAGGCCGGCGGGCCCCGAGCUGCAGACCCCGCCGGGGAAAGAUGGAGCAGUGGAGGACGAGGAAGGGGAGGGAGAGGACGGUGAGGAGAGGGACCCGGAGACCGAGGAGCCGCUCUGGGCGAGCCGGACCGUGAAUGGCAGCCGGCUUGUCCCCUACAGCUGCCGGGAAAACUAUUCGGACUCAGAGGAAGAGGACGACGACGACGUGGCCUCCAGCAGACAGGUAUUAAAGGACGACUCCCUUUCCCGGCAUCGGCCCAGACGAACCCAUAGUAAGCCUCUCUCCCCGCUGACUGCUAAAUCGGCCGGCGGCAGGCUGGAGACUUCAGUUCAGGGAGGGGGAGGACUCGCGAUGAAUGACAGGGCGGCGGCUGCCGGGAGUCUAGACAGGAGCCGAAACCUCGAAGAGGCGGCGGCCGCGGAGCAGGGAGGAGGGUGUGAUCAAGUGGACUCCAGCCCCGUUCCUAGAUACCGUGUUAACGCUAAGAAACUGACGCCUCUCCUGCCCCCGCCACUUACUGACAUGGACUCAACCUUGGAUUCGUCAACAGGCUCCCUUCUGAAAACCAAUAAUCAUAUUGGCGGUGGGGCCUUCAGUGUGGACUCCCCCAGGAUUUAUUCUAACAGUCUCCCUCCCAGUGCGGCUGUGGCCGCCUCUAGUUCACUCAGGAUCAAUCACGCCAAUCAUACGGGCUCCAAUCAUACCUACCUGAAAAACACAUACAACAAACCGAAGCUUUCCGAACCCGAAGAGGAACUUCUCCAGCAAUUUAAACGGGAGGAGGUGUCCCCAACAGGGAGUUUCAGUGCCCACUACUUGUCGAUGUUUCUCUUAACUGCUGCCUGCUUAUUUUUCCUAAUACUGGGACUGACUUACCUAGGAAUGAGAGGGACAGGAGUAUCUGAGGAUGGAGAACUCAGCAUAGAAAACCCCUUUGGUGAAACAUUUGGAAAGAUACAAGAAAGUGAAAAAAAACUUAUGAUGAACACGUUAUAUAAGCUUCAUGAUCGAUUGGCACAGCUUGCAGGAGAUCAUGAAUGUGGCAGUUCUAGUCAAAGAACGCUUUCUGUUCAAGAGGCAGCUGCGUAUUUAAAAGAUUUAGGUCCUGAAUAUGAAGGUAUAUUUAACACUUCAUUGCAGUGGAUCUUAGAAAAUGGAAAAGAUGUUGGAAUAAGGUGCGUUGGUUUUGGCCCUGAGGAAGAAUUGACAAAUAUAACUGAUGUGCAGUUUUUACAGUCCACAAGACCACUGAUGUCUUUUUGGUGUCGUUUUCGACGUGCUUUUGUUACUGUAACUCACAGAUUAUUGUUGUUAUGCUUAGGUGUAGUGAUGGUUUGUGUCGUUCUGCGUUACAUGAAAUAUCGAUGGACAAAAGAAGAGGAGGAAACAAGGCAGAUGUAUGAUAUGGUGGUAAAGAUUAUAGAUGUUUUACGAAAUCAUAAUGAAGCCUGCCAAGAAAACAAAGAUUUACAACCUUACAUGCCUAUUCCACAUGUACGCGAUUCCUUAAUACAGCCUCAUGACAGGAAAAAAAUGAAGAAAGUCUGGGAUAGAGCUGUUGACUUCCUUGCUGCUAAUGAGUCUAGAGUUCGCACGGAAACACGAAGAAUAGGUGGUGCAGAUUUUCUGGUUUGGCGGUGGAUCCAGCCUUCUGCAUCCUGUGACAAAAUAUUAGUUAUACCUUCUAAAGUAUGGCAAGGUCAAGCAUUUCAUUUAGAUAGAAGAAAUUCACCACCAAAUAGUUUGACACCGUGUUUAAAGAUUCGGAAUAUGUUUGAUCCCGUUGUGGAAAUAGGGGAUCAGUGGCAUUUGGCAAUUCAAGAAGCAAUUUUAGAAAAAUGCAGUGAUAAUGAUGGCAUUGUUCACAUUGCAGUAGACAAAAAUUCACGUGAGGGUUGUGUAUAUGUUAAAUGUCUGUCUCCAGAAUAUGCUGGAAAGGCUUUUAAAGCAUUGCAUGGCUCUUGGUUUGAUGGGAAAUUGGUUACAGUAAAAUAUUUACGACUAGAUAGAUACCACCAUCGCUUUCCCCAGGCUCUCAAUUCCAACACUCCAUUGAAGCCAUCAAAUAAACAUAUGAACUCUAUGUCUCAUCUUCGUCUUCGGACUGGCCUAACCAAUUCUCAAGGAAGUUCCUGAAAAGAUUUUCUUCCAUUUCUAAGACUGUUAUUUACAAUAGGAAAAUUCCUGUUUGGCUUUUUGUCUUCCUUUUUAAAUGCUUUUUGUAUGUAAUAUUUUUAUUGAUGAAUACAUCUCUGAACGUUCCAGAAGUCUUAAGGUUCCAAAGGGAUUUAGCAGUGAGGCAGCAGUGCUGAGUAGGUAGGAUAAUUAUUUCAUUCAGUUUUUGGAGCUCAGUUAAGCCAAUACAUUUAAAGUUUUGCAUGAGGAACACUGACUUUAUUAAGCAUUUUCAGAUGUGGUGGUUGUAUUUUUGCCCCAAGAAGUGUUUGGAUAACCACACAAAAGCAUGAUGAAAAGGCUUCUUGUAGUCCCAUAAUUUCUUGUGAACUAAUGUUGUGAAUUUUUGUAUACAGUCACCUGCAUAGUUCUACAGGCUGAUGUGGUAAAACUGUUGAUUUCCCAAUUUAACCUUAGGUUUCUGUUGCUUAUAAGCGAUUCAUUUGCUACAGCUGGAAUAUGGGAAAAUUAAUUUGGGCUUAGUGGUUACAAAUAUGUGUAAGUGGAUGUAUAUGUACUUAAACUGGCUUUGUAUAUAUGUAUAAAUGCUGGUGGUGGUGAAAGUAGUCUUGUUUUAUGAGGAUGUCUGCAUUAAAGCAGUAAAAUAAGCUUUCUAUUUUAUUCAUAAUCUAAUGUGUGUGUAUAUAUGUAUGUGUGUAUGUGUGUGUAUAUAUAGAUGUAUAUAUAUACACACACACAGAUAUACACAUAUGGCUGUACGUUUGCAUAGAUCAAACAGCCAAACACCUGGAAGUAUUAGAUACAAGUUUAAAAUAUCUUUUAUAGGUUUUAUAUAAAAAUGUCUGAGUAUGAUUUUGUGUGAAAGUUCUGAUACCAGUUGUAAUAGAUUCAAAUUUAUGUGAGCAAUAAAGAAGAAAUUGGCAGAUAUUGGAAAAAUAUUUUGUGAAAAGCUGUAUUUAUUAUAAAUACUAGGGCUGUGACAUAGUAACAUUGGGAUUAAGUCAUUUUCCCAAUCUAUUUAUAAUUUAAUGAUCUGUUAGUGCCUCUGUUAUAUGUCAAGUUUAAAGCAGGGCACAUUGUUGCAGCAAAAUGUGUAUUUGACAAAUUAUACUUGCAAUUUUGGGUCAUGAAAGUUUGCAAUAUAGUAAAUGCACGAUUGACUGUUGCUUUGUGCCUCAGUAUUUAAUUUGUUUCAGCAAACUUACUUUAUUACUGUUUAUGAUUUCAGAUAAAAAUAGUUGCUGAGUAAAUUUUACUUGUAAUCUACAAUUGGCGUUUUAAAAAUAACCUGUUGAUACAUAAUUGUCAGUCCAAAUGAGUAUGUGAAACGGCUGGAAUUGUACCAAUUUUGGUUUUAUUUAAAGCUCAGUUUCCUUUUCGUUUUAUUGUAUGCGUUGGGUUUGCAGCAUGAACUUGCACAGAUAAUGCACGUUUUCUGGUUAAGUAAACAUGAUGCACACUAUUCUGUAACAGAAAGCCCUAUUGUGCCUUACCUAUGUGCUUUUGUGGGCACCUUGUUUAUGAAGAAUAAAAAAUGAUUUGUUAUCUGAAGAGAAUAAAUUUUAAAUUCUCAGUUUAUGUCUCAGAUGCUAAUGUGUGAAAAUAUAAAUAUAUAUAAUAUAUAAAGUAACCAAUCUUCCUGUAUUUUAUGUGCAUCAUAGUGAUUUAUCUGAGCUUAGUGACCCCCAUCUUGUAACCUGUUGCAAGAGUGAAUGUAAAAAAUAGUUGUGGCAUUUUAAAAGGUCGCCUUUGAUGCAGAUGCAUCUUUUUCUUGCUUCUAAAACAUAUUUCAUGUAAACAUUGUACAUUUAUUAUUGUAAUAUAUACUAUUAUGCAGCUUAUUUUACCUGAAACUGUUAAGCCGACCAAGAUCCCUCCCUGCAAGACAGAUGGGAAUGUGUAUAAUAACUAGAUAUUUGAGAAGUUCUGAAGUUUGAUGUAAUCUGUUACUUGUCCUGUUAAAAAAAGGAAAAAAUUCUAAUUAAAAAUUUAUUAGUUUUUUUUUAU